UGCAUGGGGGAAUCAUGGGGGCGGGGCUGCAGGGACUGCGCUGUGCAGGGGCUGCAGCUUCCGCCCCGUGCCCGGGCGCUGGUGGUGCAAAGUUCUCAGCGAACGCGGGGCGGGCACCCCACAUCUGAGCCCAGGAAGGGCUCGGCCCCCCCGGGCGAUGGGCUGGAGCUGGAGUACGAGAUGGUGCUGAGCACCGGGGAUUCCUUCCGGACGCGGCGCCUCUCGGCUGAUGAGUUCGGUAUCCUGGAGACAGACAUCACCCUCGUCCUCAUCAUCAUCCUCACAUUACUCAUCAGUGAGCAGCUGGGGGAGAUCUGAGCUUCAAGGGGGCCUGGGGGAGGCAGUGCUCUGAGAGAUCCUGUGCUCACCCCUCCAGUCCCCCCAGACCUGUCUAGGGUGGCAGCAGCUCCACACCACCUGAAGAGGCUUAUGGUGGCUGCCAGCGUGGAGCAUGAAGGGCGAGCUUGUGGGGCUG